CCACACCCCCUUCCUCUUCCUCCCACGUCCUCCCCCCCUUCGAGGUCAGUCGCUCUGCAGCUGCGCGCCGCUGGCCGCGCGGGGGUGAGACCCGAGCCCGGGGUUCUGCUGCUCUCCCGUGGGACCGUCGGUCUUUAGGAAAGCGUUGGGGGAAAUGUUACAUUAUUUCUAGGGUGGUGGGAGGGAUUUGUCACCGGAAGUGAAUGAGCCUAGCCUAAAGUCGGGAUCAGCCGGAGGUGUGAGUGGGCAGCCAAGCCGGCGCAGUCACUAGCAAAACGCAGGGCCACCGGCCGGCUGAGAGCCGGGACGCCGCGGGCUGCGGGCGCGCGGCAACCUCGCGUGCUCGGGGCAGCCCGGGGAGCGCAGGGCACGCCUUUGACCGCGCCCGCCUUGCCUGGCUUCGGUUUCACCCUGAUCUCCACCCCCGUUCGCAGCCUCCCAUCGUUGCUAAUUGGGGUAUUUGCCCAAGAAACUGUCCGUUGAAAUUUCACUGAUACACCUGCAUUUUGAUGCGUAGAAAGAUGGGAGGAAACGAGAGAAUUACGACUUAUUUCGUUUUUCACGCCCCACUCUCCUCUUUCCGUUCCCACUUAAAACAGCAAAACACGUCAAUUCCCUUAUUUUUCCACUGAAAGCAAGCACACAUCGCACUGUUGGGCAAAUUGUGCGCCCCGGGGGAUAGGGGUGGGGGUCCCGGGUGUUUGUGCAGCAGAUGGGAACCGGGGUGCUGAAAAAAUCCUGUGCUUAACGCUUGUAGUAUAUAUUCUUCGUUUUCGUUCGCUUUGUUUCAUGUGCAGACUAGACGAGGCUUUUUGUGUGGUUUGGUUAUGAGGCUGGUGAAAGAAAGAUAGCUGGUUAACUUGUCUAAGCCAUACGGAGGCGUACAAUAGCUGCGUCAUUUUAUGAAGAGUUGAUUUAACCAAGGAAGGUUUAAAGAAGAUUUAUUUUGCUAGGGGGAACGACCCCAAAAACAAAAACCUGACCUGCCUCCCUUAAGUUUUUCAGCAAUUGAAUGUGUCCCACUCAAGUUUGGAGCCAACUGAGGUUUACUGGAGCUGCAGGUGCAGUGAGGCAACAUUUCUGCAUUAGCCAUAGUGGACUAUGGGUGGUCGUUAGUGUCUGUAUCAGAGGUGGAAUUGAAUGUCAUUAAGCCUUCCCAAGAGCUUCAUUUCUGCCCCCAAACAGGUUUUGGCAUAGAGGCCAAGAGACUUCGGAAGUUUCUGAAUAUUUUAAGUUGGGCAGUUCAAACUUUUAUGAGAAGAGGUAAAGGACAAAAAGGGACAGGUUGUUGGAGGCAGUUUCAAAGACCGAUGUUGGGCCUGCGUGGGAAUGGACAGUGGUCAGUGGUGUGGUCAUCAUGAAGGAUUGGCUUGACUGUUCUUUACAGACCCCAGCACAGCUGCAAGCCAAGGUAGGUAGGUGGUCAGAACAUGAAUAUAAAGCUAUGUUUCUAUGUUCAAAAGCAAUAGGAGGGUUAUAAAACUGCCAGCAGUGCCGGGCUGUAUUUGUGUCUUUUUUCUGACAUUUGAGGGCAGACAAUUCAGUGUGCAUCCUUGAAAUGGAUCCCAGCUCCUGGGAGGUAAGUGCCUGUUGAGUGGAAGGAAAGAGGGUGAUGUAUUACGACGACGUGAAAUGUGGCAAAAGGCAAGCAGCUUGAGACUUCUGAAUCCUACUUUCAUAACCUUCAGGAGUUUGUGAAUCAAGUACUACGCCUCUCCUAGACAUCUUGAAAGAAUUCUAAGGCGAGAACCGAAGUUUGGAGGUAGACGAGCAGGCGAGCGGUUUGCCCGGGCGCAGAGCAUGAAGGCCGGGCGGGCGCGGGGAGCGGGCGCCCGCCGCCCGGCGCGGGGGUGAGCGAGAGAGAGAGCGGAGCGCGUGUGGCCGGCGCCGCUCGGCCGGGAGCUCCCGCGCCCGCGCCCCGCGCCCCGCGCCCGCCGCCGCCGCCGCCGCCGCCCCUGGUGCGAUGGCGCAGAAACCCCGUUGACAAGGCACUGCUUUUUCAUGACGUUGUCAUGGAUGAUGACGACGACUCGUGUCUCCUUGAUCUUAUUGGAGACCCACAAGCAUUGAACUAUUUUCUACACGGACCUAGUAAUAAAUCUAGCAAUGAUGACUCAACUAGCACAGGAUAUUCUGCAGCCAAUUCAAAUUCAAUUUUCGCCAACUCCAGUAAUGCUGAUCCUAAGUCAUCCCUCAAAGCCGUAAGCAACCAGCUUGGAGAAGGGCCCAGUGAUGGACUGCCACUUUCAAGUAGCCUUCAGUUUCUUGAAGAUGAACUUGAGUCUUCUCCUCUUCCCGAUCUCAGUGAGGACCAACCUUUCGACAUUCUUCAGAAAUCCCUGCAGGAGGCCAAUAUCACUGAACAGACAUUGGCAGAAGAGGCAUAUUUGGACGCCAGUAUAGGUUCAAGCCAACAGUUUGCACAAGCCCAGCUUCAUCCUUCUUCAUCAGCAUCGUUUACUCAGGCUUCUAAUGUUUCGAAUUACUCAGGUCAGACGCUGCAGCCUAUAGGGGUGACUCACGUGCCUGUUGGAGCAUCAUUUGCAAGCAAUACGGUGGGGGUGCAACAUGGCUUUAUGCAACACGUGGGGAUCAGUGUGCCCAGCCAGCAUCUGUCUAAUAGCGGUCAGAUUAGCGGUUCGGGUCAGAUACAGCUAAUUGGCUCAUUUGGUAAUCAACCCUCCAUGAUGACUAUUAAUAACCUAGACGGAUCUCAAAUCAUAUUGAAGGGCAGCGGGCAGCAAGCCCCAUCAAAUGUGAGCGGAGGACUCCUGGUUCACAGACAGACUCCCAAUGGCAACUCCUUGUUUGGGAGCUCCAGUUCCAGUCCCGUAGCACAGCCUGUUACCGUUCCAUUUAACAGCACAAAUUUUCAGACGUCUCUACCUGUGCAUAACAUCAUCAUACAGAGGGGUCUUGCACCAAAUUCAAAUAAAGUCCCGAUCAAUAUCCAGCCAAAGCCUAUCCAGAUGGGUCAGCAGAAUACGUACAAUGUGAACAAUUUGGGAAUACAGCAGCACCACGUUCAACAAGGGAUCUCCUUUGCCUCCGCCAGCUCACCCCAGGGCUCCGUAGUUGGUCCGCACAUGUCUGUGAACAUCGUAAACCAACAGAACACAAGGAAACCAGUCACCUCACAGGCAGUGAGCAGCGCUGGGGGUAGUAUCGUUAUUCAUUCUCCCAUGGGCCAGCCUCACACACCCCAAAGUCAGUUCCUCAUACCCACAAGCCUUUCUGUCAGUUCCAACUCGGUACAUCAUGUCCAGACCAUAAAUGGGCAACUGCUUCAGACUCAACCUUCUCAGCUCAUCUCCGGCCAAGUGGCCUCAGAGCAUGUCAUGUUGAACAGAAACUCUUCCAACAUGCUCAGGACCAACCAAGCAUAUUCUGGACAGAUGCUGAACAACCAGAAUGCCGCCGUCCAGUUGGUGUCUGGGCAAACGUUUGCCGCCUCUGGAAGCCCAGUGAUUGUCAAUCAUGCCUCUCCUCAGAUUGUUGGUGGACAGAUGCCCUUGCAGCAAGCGUCACCAACCGUAUUACACCUGUCACCUGGGCAGAGCAGCGUGUCCCAAGGGAGACCUGGCUUCACCACCAUGCCCUCGGUGACCAACAUGUCAGGACCUAGUCGGUUCCCUGUCGUCAGCUCAUCCAGCACUGCCCAUCCUAGUCUUGGGUCUGCGGUUCAGUCGGGUGCAUCAGGAUCAAACUUCACGGGAGAUCAGCUGACCCAGCCAAACAGGACUCCAGUACCGGUCAGUGCGUCUCAUCGUCUUCCAGUUUCUUCUUCCAAAUCUACCAGCACCUUCAGUAACACCCCUGGAGCGGGAACCCAGCAGCAGUUCUUCUGUCAGGCUCAGAAAAAAGGUUUGAAUCAGACUUCCCCCAUAUCCGCUUCCAAGACCACAGAUGGCCUGAGGCAAGCACAGAUCCCUGGCCUCCUGAACACCGCACUGCCAGGGCAGGAUUCUGGAAGCAAAGUUAUACCGGUGUCCUUAGGAACCGCACAGCCACAGCAGGAAAAGGUAGUUGGAUCAUCUCCUGGCCAGCCAGCUGUGCAGGUGGAUAGUCAUUCAGGAGGACAAAAGCGGCCUGCUACAAAACAACUAACUAAAGGAGCUUUCAUUCUCCAGCAGUUACAGAGGGACCAAGCCCACGCUGUGACACCUGAUAAAAGUCAGUUCCGAUCACUAAGUGAUGCAGUGCAGAGGCUACUCUCCUACCACGUGUGCCAGGGCUCCAUGCCCACCGAGGAAGACUUGAAGAAAGUCGACAAUGAAUUUGAAACAGUUGCCACUCAGCUCCUAAAAAGGACCCAAGCGAUGCUUAACAAAUACAGAUGCCUGCUUCUAGAAGAUGCCAUGCGGAUCAAUCCCUCUGCUGAGAUGGUGAUGAUCGAUAGAAUGUUCAACCAGGAGGAAAGAGCUUCUCUGUCCCGAGACAAGCGUCUGGCACUUGUAGACCCUGAGGGUUUUCAGGCUGAUUUCUGUUGUUCCUUCAAACCUGAUAAAGCUGCUCAUGAGACACAGUUUGGCCGGAGUGACCAGCAUGGCAGUAAAGCGCCCAGCUCUCUGCACCUGACAGCCAAGGCCCAAAACCGAGAACCGACGAAUCAUGACCAGUUUCAUCUAGUGCCUAAUCACAUCGUGGUCUCCGCAGAAGGAAACGUUUCUAAAAAAACUGAAUGCCUCGGCAGAGCACUGAAAUUUGACAAAGUGGGCUUAGCACAGUACCGGAGUGCAUCCGAAGAGAAAACAAGCCGGAGAGAGUCCACGAAGGCCAGCGAGUGCUCUCCCGGCCCCGAAGGGCACCGGAAAACCUCAUCCAGACCAGAUCACGGUACUGAGAGCAAACUCUCAAGCAUCCUAGUAGAUUCUCACUUGGAGAUGACGUGUAACAAUUCCUUCCAGGACAAAACUCUGAGGAAUUCUCCAAAGAAUGAAGUUUUACACACAGACAUCAUGAAAGGGUCGGGCGAGCCCCAGCCAGACCUCCAGCUCACUAAGAGUUUAGAAACAACAUUUAAGAACAUCUUGGAACUCAAAAAGGCUGGGCGGCAGCCCCAGAGUGACCCCACGGUUAGCGGCUCUGUUGAGUUAGAUUUCCCCAACUUUUCUCCAAUGGCUUCGCAGGAAAACUGCCUGGAAAAGUUCAUCCCGGACCACAGUGAAGGCAUUGUAGAAACCGACUCCAUUUUAGAAGCAGCUGUAAAUAGUAUCUUAGAGUGUUAAUAGCAGCAGCCCUCCCCCACCCCGCCCCGACACCCCGCCCCGGACAAGUUACAUUCUUUCCUGGCAAAAGCAAAUGGAAGUGUUCUCCUGUCUCCAGCCUGCUUGACCUUUCAUCACAGGUUAUUCUUUCUGAUCUUCAAUCCCAUUCUUUGUUUAAGAGCAAUACUCGUGGUGGUUACAGGGAGAUCCUUUCGUGAAAUUAAUCCUUGUUAGAAAGCAGUCUGAUAGGCCCUACACAUUUCAAGUGUUACGAAAGUGCUUAUAGUCAUUUUCUUUGUGUGUUUGUUUACUUGUUUUAUUAUUACUAUUUUUUUUUUUUUUUUAAAAAACACCAUAACUCACUGAGAUCACAGUACACUUGGCCCUCGGUAAAAUUCUGACAAUCAUUAAGUCAUUUGAAAAGAACAGACUUAUUAAAGAAAAUCAAACAGGACUGAUAGAAGCUACUUUGUGAAAGAAUGUCCCACUGCAUCUCCAAAUUUCGUUGUUUUGGGUUUGUUGUUGUUGUUGGAGGGGAGACCGCACGGUUGUCCCCCCCACCUCACCCCCCGCGCCCCGCCCCGGGCCACCUCUGAGCAGUAAGUUGCCGGCUGCUCCGCCAGGGACCCCACAGCCCCGAGGAAGCAGCCAGUAGCACACAAGCAGGGCAUUCGCAGGGCUUCCUUGUUCAUCGUCUGAGCGCUUUUCCGAUGCUCCUGGAGCAAAACCUCAUGCUUUUCGGCAUACGCGUGUUGAGUUUCAUCUAGGGAAUGCUCUGUUCUUAGUUGCAACGGCACGACUUGAGAAAAUUUUCACCAGGCUGAAAUAAAGGAAAAUGGAAACCAGUUAAGUGGCACAGUGUACAGGGGAGGCCGGGAGAGAGCCUUGAGGAGUAUACUAUGUAUAUAUGUAAAAGCAUAUAUAUGUUAACUAUUGAGAAAAAAAACAAGCGUUUUGCAUUUUGUAAUUGGAUAUAGUCAACGUAUGCUGUACGUUUUUGUUGCUGGGUUUCCUUUCAUUUAACCUCUCCGCACCCUCUCCCACAAAUAGCCAAGCGUCCAAAGCACUUUCAUUUGAAAACUGUGUUGUAAUACUUCAGUUUAAACUCUAAGGGGACUUUGGCCUUGUUUAUGCUUCUUGUCUGAGAACAGUAGUCACCCCCCGGCAGCAAUCAUUACCAAAACACAGACAAACCAAAGUUACCAGCCAGCCCCCCACUGAAAGAAAAGAGCUGAGACAUGGGAUUCCCACUUGAGAGCCAAAGGACACGCCCUGUCACGGUCUGUGUGUGGCCCGUGUUCCUAUUAGUGACAUGACUUACUGCUUUAUUUAUUUAUAUUUCUUUUCAGGGAGCUUUCCCCGUUUUCCUUCCUUGUGUUCGUGCCCCAGUUCAUCCCAUCUCGGCUGUUACCUUCAUUCCCAGUGUCAUUGUAACCAGCCCUUCUCUCCUGUCAUUGGGAAAGCGACAUAACGGUAUUUCGUAUGCACUCUGCCCCACGUGCGUGUGCAUGUAUCUGAGCUAUUGAGAUCAGGUCAUUCUGGUGACAGUGUGGACCCACCCAUUCUUCCUCCCAUGUGCACUGCGCACUCUCUCAUUUAUCCUGUUGAUCUCUCUGGCUUGAGGGGUUGCACCCACUGGUCUCCACUCUGACGCAUUGCCAGCACCUGUUUCUGGCUGUUGCCAGAAUGGGGAUGACCCCAUUGUCAUCAUGUUGGGCGCUUCUUUUCCAGAUUGGCCUGCGUUGGAAAGGAAGGCUUCUGAUUAUUGGGAAACACGGCAACGGAAGACCCAGACUCUCUCCCUGCCCCUCUGUCCCUGCACUCAAAGAAACCUCUCUCAGCCAGCCAGCCUUCAUAAAAGCGAAGUUCCUUCUCCCCACCCCCACCCGCCGGCCAAUAGAACUUGGAAAAUCUGGGCCAUUUUAGGGUUCCCAUUUUUUCCUUAUUUGUGCCAACGUCCAAAUUGCAGAUUUCCCCUUUUUUCCUGUAUUGUAACAUAUUAGAAGGAUAAGUUGGUAUUGCCAGUUGGAACUUUCUGUUUGGGCCGCCUGGGGUAACACCCUGCCCUGAACCCCAUGAUUUUGUAGGCUCUUCUUCUCUUAGGACUCAUGCUCCCCUCAUUCCUAGCAAGACUUAAAGGUGGUCCCUCCUAAUCAAAUUCUUCUCAUGGUGGAACUUUCUACCCGGAAGCCUUCACGUAGGCUACUGAUGAGUUACGUUAAUUAUUGCCAAUCAGUGGAAUUCUUAAAAGAUAAGCUUCAUGUACAUUCAUCACCUCCCUUUCUUCCCCAUCCUGUCCUGCUACCCCAAUCCCAGCCUUUCUGUAUACCAUCUCAAAGGGUCUUUUGAGCCCUAACACUUGUCUAGCAAAUGGAGAGCCUAAUUUACCAAAAUGAAACUUGUAAAUUUUUGUGUCCUUGUAUGUAAGUUUACUUUCUAUGGAGGAAAGAUUCUAGAUAAUGACAAAUGAAGAUUACGAAAUGUAUUUUACUCCUGUGAUUAGGUUUUGCGCACAUGGGUCAUAACUCGCAUGUGGAGCCCCCUCUGGCUAAGGGCCAGAGGGCUCCGCCUCGGACGGCCAGCUUUGAGUUGUUCAGGUUCAUUAGUCAAGGUUAAUUUUUUAGGACUACUUGUACUCAGUAACAAAAAUCAUCAUCUUUUUUUUUUUUUUCUGUUGUGGAAAAGUGUGCAUUUGUUAUUAAGCAUUUGAUUUUCUGUGUCCUUAAGUACUGCCUAAAGAUAAAGCAAAUUUUAAACUGGCAAUUACGAAAAAGAACUAUUUUAGCUCUGAAGAAUUUAGUAGAUUUUGUUAGAUUAGGGAGGCCUUACAGACUGACUUGACUUAUAGAGGAUGCGUCACUCACUGUCAGUGUGGUGUGGGCUUUAUUUGCUUAAAUACCUUCAUUUGUAUAGUAUGUCUCACUUGAAAUUGCUUUGUAUACAUUUUGUAAAAAUAUUUAUAAAAUGUUUUGUAAAAAAAAGUAUAACAAAUCGCAGUUUAUUUUGUUAUGUUGGAUAAAUACUGUUAAAAGAAACCAGUCAGUAACUAUAUUGUUAAUCCAUGGUUAGGAAAUGUUUAGUUGGAGAUUACAAAAUGAAACAACCAUUGCAAUACAGCCAAAGAUUUGGGAAAAACGCGCAA